ACAACACAACACAACACACAGCUCGAUGGCGGCCAGGCGGCGGCGAUCAUGAUCGCAGCGCUGGAAAAAAAAAGCCCGUGUCACACAGUCGCCCGAAACUAACUCAGCAGGUCUCCAUGGUGGGCAAGGGGGUGAAGCGGAAGCGGCAUGCCGAGGGGGGGCUGGACCCCUCCUUCCAGAAGCUGGCCGACUGCCCGCAGUCCUACAGCCUGAAGCGGCAGCUGGUGCUCAACACGUCGCUGAACAAGAUGCAGAGCGGCCGGGCGCUGCCCGAGCUCAGCCUCCGGCGCACCGUGCUGAUCGCCAACACCCUGCGGCAGAUCCAGGAGGAGAUGCGGGUGGAGAGCAGCCAGCUGGCGUCCACCAUGGACCUGGAGGGGUGCGGCGGGGCGGAGCUGGGCACGGCGCGGGAACCCCCUCCCUCCCGCCUCUCCACCGAGAGCUACCCGGACGGCCUCGACGACUACAUGCCCCUCGCCUCCGACGAGGACUUCUCCCUCUCCUCCGCCAUCAACUCCAUCCUGCGGGACUUGGACAUCGUCAUCGACGGCAGCCCCUCGCUCUCCCCCCCUCCCGACGACGAGGUGGCGGAGCCCAUGGAGCUGGCGGCUGAGGACGAGGACGGGGCCCAGCCCUCGGGGCAACACAGGCCCCUGGAGUCGGUGUUCGGCAGCUUCGAGAUCAUGAGCUCCAGCUACCUGGUGGGGGUGACCCUGGACGAUCUCUUCCUCGACAUCGACACGUCCCUGUGCGAGUGCGAGGCGCCGUCAACGGUUCUGACGACCGGCGGCAGAGUCACCGCCCCGAGCCCGGCCGACGACUCGACCAAGAGCUUCCCCUCGUUGCUCGGCACCAACCCCAGUUUAAGGACGGACCUGAACGACCUUGAUCACAUCAUGGAGAUCCUGGUCAGCUCUUAAAAAAAAAACAAAACAAAAAAAACACAAAGAGGAAAAAAAGAGCCACUACACUGUGACGGGAUUCCGACUGACUUCCACUAGCCAAAGAUGGCGCCUCCUGCCUUCUUCUUCUUGCGUAUGGCUUGCACAGCCUAAAGUUGUAGAUCA